AUGGCUGCCGCUCUCUGUGAUUCAAGCGCCUGCGUUCAGUUCCCAGAAUACCCAAAAAUAGAAUGUGAUUACGUCUCGUACCUUUCGUCAGCUAAACAGGAUGUAUCACUGGAUAUGCAGAAGGCCAGCUCGUACCUUGCUCAAGAGAUCCAGAAGGCUCGGGAACAUAUAAAAUCAUCCCUCGACAAACAGAAGAACCUUAUUCGUGCCUUGGACACAAGCCGUAUUGACGAACUUGAGAAAACGGUCAAUUCCCUUAUCACACGAAUAUCGGAGCUUGAAGUGCAGUUGGGCAAGAUGCGGGAGCUCGAUCAGAUGGUGCUCGACCGCACUGCUCCUGCGGCAAAGCCUGCCGGUGAUGGUGGUGAGGAAGGCGGGCUGUUUGACUCAGAUGAUGAGGAAGACCCCGAAGCGGAGCGUAUCAGAGCUGAACGUUUAGCAGAAUACGAGGCCAAAAAAGCUACGAAGCCUGCCGUGGUAGCCAAGUCGAACAUCAUUUUUGAUGUGAAGCCCUGGGGUGAUGAUACCGAUCUAGUUGAAAUGGAGCGUCUUGUCCGUAGCAUCCAAGCAGAUGGCCUUAUUUGGGGUUCGUCCAAACUUGUUCCCGUCGGAUAUGGUAUUAAGAAGCUUCAGAUAUCCUGCGUCGUGGAGGACGAUAAGGUUGGCACAGAUUUCCUUGAGGAGGCGAUGACAGAAUUUGAGGACUACGUGCAAUCGGUGGAUGUUGUGGCAUUCAACAAGGUGCUUGAGCAACCUGGCAAUAUCCUAGCCCUCGUACUUCCCUCGGGUGGCACGGCAGCUAGGCACCGAAAGGGUGCUACAACUGGAAGAUAUAUACUCUCUGGUUGGCGUCUGUCUUGUCCCACAUAA